AACAGCUGCUGCUAUUGUCUGUUAACCAGUGAAGUUUUCUUAUUUAUUGAAUCCCCUUCAAUGUCGCGUAUUUCACCUGUGGCCCCGCCCCCUCCACCGCCGCCCAUGGUGGCAAGUCCUGCGACGCCUACUGCAGCAAAAGAACCACCAGGAGUUGUCAAUGUAACCACCGAUGAGUGCAGUUGGGCCUGGGAGUAUCCGGAGCUGCAGAAAGGAUGCUAUCUCAGUCGCGUCUGCCAAUAUGCCCCACCGCAGCACUGCCAGUACUACCCUGUAAAAAGCAUUUUGCAGGUUGGCCCCACCUGUGGUCUUACGGCCCUGAGCAUGCUGCUCAAUGGUCAUCCACCAGCAGCUGACCUUCUCGAGGAUGCCAUUGCCAAGGAAUACACCUUAAAUGGCGAACUUUUCAGCGCUCAGUAUUUGUUUGAACUCACGCGAAAUCAUCUGCCAGGACCUGGUGCCUGUCAGCUGCACGUGGGCCCGCUCAACUGCAGGAAAGUCAAGGAACUACUAAAGGCUGGAGGCUGCCUCAUAGUGCCUUACGAUGCCGAUGUAAACCAUGCUCCAUGCCUGAAAUCCGGACACCGAGCUCAUUGGGCCUUGAUUGUCGGCUACCUGGUGGAUCCAGAGGAUCGGUAUUACGUCCUGGCUCGUCAUGGCAAGACCUGGAACCUGGCAGUCUGGUCACUGGACACGCUAAGCGAGAGCAACGCCAACUUGGUGGAGUUUGCGCAGCCCAAGGGCUAUCCGGACAAUGAAUUCCUGCUGCCACCAGGCGGAAUCGGCGGAUCUCUGGGCCUCAACGAACGCUCCAUUCUGGUCAACGGCAUGCCACAACAACCGAUUCAUAUUCACUGCCCUUAGGCAUACAUUUCACAUACAUAUUCUCAAUAAAGAAGACUUGACCGUUUCGUAUUUAACUUUAA